UAUAUAAGAUAAGAUAAUUUAGAUAAACAUAUAAUUUAAAAAACAUAAAAAAAAUUAAAAAAAAUAUAAAAACAUAAAAAAAACGAAAAAUUAAUUAAAAAUUACAAAAAAAUUUGAAAAAUCUAAAACUUAGAAAAAAAAAUCAGAAAAUAUAUUAAAGAUGUCAGCUGCAAACGUUAUGCUUCCACCAUUCUCUCAUGCAUCACUAUAUGUUGGUGACUUACCUAGUGAUAUAUCUGAAGCUUGCUUAUAUGAAAAAUUUAGUCAAGCUGGUGCUGUUAUAUCUAUUCGUAUAUGUAGGGACAAUAUCACUAGAAGACCUUUAGGCUAUGCAUAUGUAAAUUUUGGACAAGCUGCAGAUGCUGAAAGAGCUAUUGAUAUGAUGAACUUUGACAUGUUGAGAGGUAAACCAAUAAGAAUUAUGUGGUCAAAUAGAGAUCCUUCUCUUAGAAAAUCAGGGAUUGGAAAUAUAUUUAUUAAAAAUCUUGAUAAAUCAAUUGACAACAAAGCUAUCUAUGAUACAUUUUCAGCUUUUGGCACAAUUUUAUCUUGCAAGGUUGCAAUGGAUGAAAAUGGAUCCAAGGGAUAUGGCUUUGUUCAUUUUGAAUCAUCAGCAGCAGCGGAUAAGGCUAUUUCAAGGGUUAAUGGAAUGUUACUUAAUGGCAAAAAAGUAUAUGUUGGAAAGUUUAUAUCAAAAAGAGAAAGACUGGAUCAAAUGGGGAUUCAGGCUCAGAAGUUUACCAAUGUUUACGUGAAAAACUUUGGUGAUGAUGUUGAUGAAGAUAAAUUCUAUUCUCUUUGUGAACCGUUUGGGAAAAUAUCUAGUCAUAAGGUCAUGGUGGAUCCCACUGGCAAAAGCAAAGGGUUUGGUUUUGUAGCUUUUGAAAAUCACGAUGAAGCUGAAAGAUGUGUUGAUGAACUGAAUGGCAAAGAGUACAAUGGCCGAAAGUUAUUUGCUGGCAGAGCUCAAAAGAAAUCCGAAAGGAACGCCGAAUUGAAGGCUAAAUUUGAUAAAUUAAAGAUUGAAAGGCAAAAUAGGUAUGCCGGUAUAAAUUUAUACGUUAAAAAUCUGGAUGAUACUAUAGACGACGAGAAAUUGAGGAAAGAAUUUUCUCAAUUUGGUACCAUUACUAGUGCCAAGGUGAUGACAGAAAACGGUCGUUCGAAAGGUUUUGGAUUUGUUUGCUUUCAAACAGCUGAAGAAGCUACUAAAGCAGUGACAGAGAUGAAUAAUAGAAUCAUAGGUUCGAAACCUUUAUAUGUUGCACUGGCUCAAAGGAAAGAAGACAGGAAACAUACACUGACUAAUCAGUUCAUUCAAAGAAUGGCCACUACCAAUAGAAUACCUCCGAACAAUCAAAUGGGAACCGUAUUUCAUCCUGGACCAGCAGCUGGAUAUUACGUUUCCAUGCCACCACAGGCACAGAGAGCUUACCCACCUACUCAAAUGAAUUACAGACAAGUUCCUAGAAUGAAUAGAGUAUUUGCUGCCCAACAGACGGGAAUGAACCUUCCACCAGGCGGACCCACGAACCCUUCUGCUGGUACUUCUUAUGGCCCGGCUGGAAUUGCACAGCAACAACGUGUACAACGUCAGGCCCAAACCGCACAGGCUCAACAAGCUCAACAAGCCCAGCUGCUUCAACAGUAUCAGGCAGCCCAACUUCAGAUGCAAGCUGUCGUAGCUGCACAGGGAUAUCUCGUAAACCAACAACAGCAGCAACAACAGUUGAUACAGGCUGCACACGCACAAUCUCAGCAAGGAGGACAGGUCCUUACACAGUCAGGAGCAGGGAAGGGAAUUUCGAAUACUGGUAGUGUGGCCAAUGUAAGCCUCGUUAAUGGGAAUGCUGGAGGUGGGUCUCCGCCUCCACAAAAUGUACAGAAUAGAAGUGGUGCAGGUAAUCUUAGGUCAUCUGUUCCUCAACAGGCGUCCUCCAUGAUGAAUAAAUAUGGAAGCCAGCCUUCAGCUUCGCCAUCCAAUUCGAUAGCCAAUGCUACUCCAAAUAAUGAGGGGGAACUUACAUCAUCAGAAUUAGUUGCUAUGGACGAGGUUCAACAGAAAACCAUUAUAGGUAACAAAAUUUUUGAGUUUAUUUCCAAAAUUUUUCCGGAGGAGUCACCUAAACUCACUGGAAUGCUACUUGAAAUGGAUAACUCGGAACUACUUCAUUUGUGGGAAGAUCAACAGCUGCUUAGAUCCAAGAUUGAUGAGGCUAGAGUUGUAUUGGGAGCUCAACGUCAAAUUAUAGAGAAAGCUUAGGUUGGGAAAGAGAUACAAGAAAUUAUUCAAUAUUUUUUAUAACACAUUUAUUUCAGCACUGACAUCAAAUAACCACAUUUAAAUUUGACUUUUGUUUGCUAUAUACAUUUAUAAAAUGCUUUAUCACCAUUUUUUUUAUUAAUUUUAUCUUCACAUUUAUGCUUUUGAAAUUUAAAAAUUUUCCAUUUUCUUUGAUAUUUUUACGAAUACUCUCAAAAAUCUUUACUUGAUUCAUUUUUCAUACUUUCUAUUUUAAUGAUAUCCAGUUAAAUUUUAUUUAUUUUGCAAAUUUUCCAAAAAAUGCAUCUUUCUAAUUAUUUAAACUUUGUAUAAUAUCUGUCAUAUUUUUCAAAAUUUGUUUUAAAUAUUCAUUAUUAUUGAUAUGCUUUUGAAUCUUUCAUCGACAAUAAAAACUUAAACUAAC